GAACUGGAGAAGGAAGAGCAGCUUAGCGUGUGCAAAGGAUGCCAGGGUCCAGUGGCAGAGGAAGAGAGCGUUCAUGAAUCACAUGAUCAGGACCAGGGGCAAUCGCACUUUCUCUAAGUACCUAGGUGCCCUCAAGUUGACAGGGUCUCGUUGGUUUACUACGGCAGUCGGAUGCAAAGCGGAAAUGUGUACAUUAGAGAACAUAGUAUAAGAGAAUGCGAAGCAACGUGUGCAAAAAAUACUCUGCAGCAGGCUGAGCAAAAAGUUCGGAGUAGCCGAAGCUUUUUAAUGGGUGCGCUCGUGUGAACCCAGCCGGCAGGAUGUGCCUUUCUACCAAGGUUUAGGGGCAGCCAAGGACUCAAACCCACCAGAAUUGCAGGGGCUCUCCUUUUGAGGCACCAGGUCGACACCAGAUUGUACUGAUGCGGGCACUUUGUGAUGUGUGUGAGGCCGCCCCGGCCCUCCUGUUUUGUGCUGCUGACGAAGCUGCACUUUGUCGACCAUGCGAUGAAAAGGUCCAUGGAUGCAACAAGCUGGCGAGCCGGCACGUCCGCCUGGAGCUAGCCGAGGCCCGAGCAGUCCCAAGCUGCGAUGUCUGCGAGAAAGCCCCCGCCUACUUUUACUGUGAGAUCGACGGCACGUCGCUCUGCCUCCAGUGCGACAUGGACGUUCACAGCAGCGCAGGAAAGAAGCUGCACGAGCGCUUCCUCCUCAUGGGCCAGCGUGUCGAGAUCCCCAUGGCCCCGGGUAAGCCGGAGGGCGGCGACAAGGUGCCCGUCCUCCAGGAGCAGCGGCUUCACCAGAACGGGAACGCACACCCCAGCCAUCGUCACGGCAAGCCAGACGAGGAGAUGCGGGAGGCGCGUGUGGCGGACAGCUCGGGCACGGCCAUGGCGACGGCCAUUGGGGGUGAGCCUUCCGGCGAUGCCGACACGAGCAAACAGAGUUUGUUGGACUUAAAUCGGUGCCCCCCGCCGCGGUCGAAGGGGGAGCAUUCGAAGCAGGCGGCAGUGUCAAGUGGGGGUCACCGUAACGGCCCCGCUGCUCAAGCUGGGCAAAGUCGUCCUCCUAUGAACGACCAGGAUAGAAACGAAGUGGGAUAACGGAGUCAAAUAAUCUAGCCACAGCAUUGGACAGUUGUUGCAUAGUCAGGUUGCUUAGUCAAGUUGUACACUAACGUACUUGCUUGCAUGUAGGCAGAUGCAUUGUUUGGUGUUGCAUGACGUGGAAACGCUCCACACAGCUCACACAGCUGACUGGCCAGAGCAGAAGUCUUGAGGGGCUCUUAAGGUGCUUUGGGAUGUGAUCGGACGGUCCGAUUUCGAUCGGUCGAUUGCUGGAAACAAGUAAACAAGCUUGCUGUUUGCAUGUUUCUCCAAACCAAAGGUCCUCAAAGAAGAUGCUUCACAGCUCGGAGCGCCCUGUGACCAGCAAAGGAUGG